UUGGGCUACUACCAGUCACAUGAUAAUGGGUGUGUGUUGCGUGUCUGUGAAUAUAUCAAACUUGAAGUAUCUAUUUCUCUAAUAGAUAAACUACAAAUUAAUAUAAUUUCUUUGCAAAAUAUAUUAAUUAUCAUAUACAUAUUUAGUAAAGAAGAAGAUUCUAUUCAAAUUUAAAAAAUGGCUCAAAUGCGAAAUAUAUUAGGAAUCAUUUUUAUGAUUUUGAUUUCUAUUGCAACUAUAAUUUUAGUGUUAUAUCAUGUACUUACUGGUAAAGGAGAACGUGUCAGUAUUGCUUGGUUUUUGGAAGAAACAUCACCAUAUAUGUGGGCUACUUUAGGUAUUGGACAUGCAGUUGCAUUAUCUGUCGUUGGUGCAGCUCUAGGCAUUCAUACAACUGGAGUAUCUAUUAUUGGUGGAGGUGUAAAAGCACCUAGAAUAAAGACCAAAAAUUUAAUUUCUGUAAUAUUUUGUGAAGCAGUAGCUAUUUAUGGUUUGAUUACUGCUAUUGUAUUAUCUGGUAUGCUUGAAGAAUUUACUUAUGAAAAAGUAAAUGCAAUUGAAAAUUCUGACGUGAAAAGUCAGAAUUGGAUGGCAGGUUAUUUGAUGUUUGGAGCAGGACUUGCAGUAGGCCUUGUUAAUCUUUUUUGCGGCAUAGCUGUAGGUAUUGUUGGUUCUGGAGCAGCUUUAUCUGAUGCAGCAAACUCGGCACUUUUUGUUAAGAUUCUUAUAGUUGAAAUAUUUGGAUCAGCUAUAGGUCUUUUUGGAUUAAUUGUGGGUAUUUAUAUGACAUCAAAAGUGAAAAUGGGGAAUAAGGCAUAAAUGCAUUUAUUGAAACAAUCUGUGAACCAAUACAUUAUUAUUCAUCAUGUUUCAUUCCAUCUAUCAUCAUUGAACAAAUAAAUAUAGAAAGUAGAUUUCUUUAAUAUCAUUAAUAGGUAUUUCAUAUAUAGUACAUAUAAAAUUUAAUGUAACAUAGAUAUAAGACUAUUUGUAGACAAACCUUUGAAUGUUUGACAACUUCCUAUAUAUUGCUGAUUUUUUGGCAUUGUCACAUUCAUUAUUGUAAUUUAAAGUACUUUAUGAUAAUAAUUUAAGUUAUAAUACUUUAAUUGAUGUAUAAUUUAAUGUAUAUACAGUGCUUAUUUUCCAGUCACAUUUGUGUUCAUUAUAAUAACAAAUAUAAAUCAGAAAAUAUUUUUAAUUAUAUAAAAUUCUGUUUC